AUGUCUUCGUCCGCUCGUCAAACAACAUCACGCAACGACAACAACACCAACGCGCAUAAACAACGACGACGAAAUUUGGAAGAAAAAGAAGAAAAGUAUUUAUUCGUCAACGGAGAAUCAAUCGCACACAACGCGCAAAUCAACACGAAAACGUUCACGUCGCUUUCGAUUUUGAGCGGAUCAAUCGCGGGGAUUUUAGGCGCGACCGAUUGGAUCGGGUUCGUUUGGUAUUGCGCGACGAUUUUGGUCGUCGGUGGAGUCACCGUCGUGUUUCGGUGCAAAAACGAACCGAAACGAUUCGCCGCGGAGUCGGUCGGAAGCGCGAUAUUCGGACAAGGGUUCAGCGGCGGGUUCGCGAGUUUUAUCUUGUUUUGGACGUUGUUUUAUAACAUGUUCGGGUACGGUAUGAACAACGCGCAACAGGAACAGUUCGCGGAGCAAGCGAGACAGAGAAGACCAAUCGCGUACGUUUUACCGCACCCGGAAUUCGAGGAGAGACACGUGGGUGGCAUUAAUGCGUUGGAUCUGAGUUGUUACGAUAAUAAUAGUAACGAUGAUAAGAGGAGGAGGAAAGUGUUGGCGUCGGCUGGAAGAGACGCGAGCGUGCGGUUAUGGGACGUCUCGGAAGCGGCGGAUGUGAAAAAGAUGGCACUGUUCGUGGGUCACCGCGGGUGGGUGAACGACGUGAAACACGUCCCGUCGAUGAAUAGAGAUUCUUUGCUCGUCGCCUCGGGCGGAAGCGAUAAAACUGUUCGAUUGUGGUCGCACGAUUUGUUGAACUCUUCCGGCCUCGGCGGAAGCACCGAUAGUAACGACAAUAAAAAUAGUAACAUUAGCGACGCGUCGUGCGCGUUAGGGAAACUGCGAGCGCAUGAUGAUUACGUCAUGGCUUUAGCAACGAAUAGAGACGGAUCGAUUUUAGCCAGCGGCGGUCUCGGUGGUCAACUCUUCGCCUGGGACGUGGAAACGCUGAAACAAAAAUGGUCGAUCGAAGGCGCGAGCUUGGACGAGUAUUCCUUGAAAGGUGCCAAGGCGUCUAUUUAUUGCUUGGGUAUCGCGAAAGAUGCAAAUCUGAUAGUAUCUGGCGGUACAGAGCUCGCUUUGCGCGUGUGGGACGCGCGCAUGAAGCGUAAAGUUUCCAAGCUCAAAGGACACACGGAUACCGUGCGAGGCGUGUGUAUAAACGACGAUGGGAAAAUUGCAAUCACGGCAUCCUCGGAUGGGACCAUUCGCGUGUGGGAUAUUUCUUUAGGUCGUCAAUCAGACGUGUUCGCUGGAGCGCACGAAGGUGGGUGUUGGGCGGUAUCUGGAAACGCGAACUUUACCAGAUUCUAUUCCGGCGGCGCGAAAGGCGACAUUUGCAUCACGGAUAUCAAAGAGAGAAAAUCAGCCAUUUUGUGUCGAGAGACGAGCGACGCGGCUGGUAACAACGGCGUUCUGGAUUUAUGCGUCGAUUUAAGCGCGAAUAGUUCCGAGGCAUGGGUAUGCACGGCUGGUAAAGACAUUCGCCGAUGGCGCAUCGACAGUAGUCAAGCGCCGUCGUCGGCGGCGGCGGCGACGACAAAAUCGUCAUCGAACGUCGACGAUUGGUUCACCGUCGGUUCGCCGGCAAAAUUUUUAAACCCUUCCUCUCCAGCCUCGCAAGGUUUCCGCGGAAACCCGAGAGUGAGGAGUAGUCCCAUCAAUGUUACCACCGGCGCUUCUCCCAGUGCCGAUGGUGGCGGGAGGAGUCUUAGCUCUAGCCAGAAAAGACAGAUGCUUCAAAAUAGUAGUCCUGGGAAGAGAAGUCCCACGCACGCGACGCCGAGCGGGAUCAUUCCUUCCGCUUCAGCAGUCGUCAGACACGCGGAGCUGCAUGACCGCAUGCGAUUUCUAACCGAGGACGAUUCCGGUGCUACGUCAGUUUGGCACAUUUCGGAAGGUUUACUAAAUACCUUCCCCAAUCGCGCGUUCGAGGUCGUUUUGAACGACCACGAGAUCAACGAACCGUGCGCGGUGCCGAAAUGGUUCAACUUGAGUCAUCGCGAAGGGUCCGUCGAAAUUGAAUUCAGUCCAAGUACGUUCGCCAAAGCCGAGUCGUACGCGAUAGAUUUAGGCGACGAAAGUGCAAAUGCAGAUGCGAAACUAAACUUGGGCGUCGAGAUGGUGCAAGCGUUGUUGAUUGGUUUGCAUUUGAACACGUUGGACGAGACAAAAUUAGUCGGCGCGAAGAGAGACGUUGCACAGAAACGUAAAGAGGCUUUACAAAAAGAAGAGGCGCGCGAGAAACAACGGCGACGCGCAGAUGGAAGCGAAUCCGGGACGGAUAGAGACUUAUCGUCCGAAGAGUCGUCGUCGUCGGCGUCGGCCGAAGAUGACGAAGAUAGAAAGGCGUCGAACAAUCGUGGUUUGAUGAACAAAUUCCGAGCGUUUCAAUUCAACGCGUCGUCGCCGAGGCUUCGCUUUUCGUCUGGAGAUCGCGAAUCGAUACCGUUGGAAUUUUCAAAAUCUACACCUUUGGAUAUCUCUUUACCCGAGGUGGCAAAGAACGUUCCGAAAUGGGCGCUCGACGUCGCGCUUGGAAUUUUCCCGGCGCCGUCUUCUGCCAAGGCUUCUUUCGCAGUCUCUGUUUGCGAAAGCGCGAUAAGCGAUUUCCGCGAUUACGACGUUAACGCGAUAAAGCAAAAGUCUGUGAACGCUCCGCGCAUACUCACCAUACGAAAAGUCCGAAACUACGUCGCCGAUAAGCUGAAGAUGGAUGCCACCGCGAAAGAAGAUUUAGAAAUUCUCUGUCACGGCAGAGCUUUAAAGUUAGACAUGUCGCUGGCUACUGUGGAUGCGUACUUUUGGAAGAAAGGUGGCGCGAUACGUUUAAAUUAUAGAUUUAAACGUUCUUCGUAUUCUUAA